UUAUUUUUUAUGGAUUUCCAGAAAAGGUGUCUCCUGGUGGGACCGUGAGAAUAAUAAAAGAAGACUGACCCUGAGAAAAAGGAUAGAAUAAAAUAGUCAAGAGGACGUACGCGUACGGAGAAAUGAGUCUGAGAUUGUGUCAGUUUUUGGCAGUGGGAUUGGCCUUGCUGCUGGUGGUUGACUUCCGGUCUUCUUCUGCCGCACCAGCGGACGUUUACGUUGCGUCGAAUUAUCAAGUUUUGGAAUUUGCCAGUCAUUUCGUUUUCACGUUUCCUGAAGCACGACAACGAACGUUACGAUUUUAUUAUGCGAAGAUGAACUCAGAGUUUACCUACGAGAACGUUCGUGACGCAGCUGUGGAAAAUGUCAAGAACAUGACCCAGCCUCUCGACUUCGAAAUCGGAAUCAUUGACAACUUGAUCAAGGUGGUCGACGAGGCCGGGAAAUUCAUGGAGUCUUUGCCUGCCGACCAGCACAAAGCCAUGGUGUUGUGUUUGCAUGAAGUUGCCAUUCAAGAGCCGCUGAGAGCCGAGAAGAAAGGGCUGCAAAUGGCCAGUCGAUUGGCAUGUGAGGUCAAAUCCAAGAUGCUGAAUCAGCCCGCUGACAAAUGCGUUUGAAAAAAAAAAGUUUGCAAGAAAAAUCGGUGUCAUUAAUCAUCGCUGCAAAACCUGUGCGUUUUUAAUUCGGAUUCAAGUAAAGAAUCUGAAUUUUAUUCCGGGCUCCGAAGUCUAUAUACAUCUGUCCCAUUUUAGUCACGUACUGUAAUUUGGUUCUGUGUAUCAGUGCAAAUAAAUACUAGUGAGAUCUGUGA